AUGUCGACCCGCUCCCACCAAGGUUGUUGGACAUGCAAGCGACGGCGUCGUCGCUGCGAUAGCGCACGCCCUGAGUGUCAGAACUGUGCUGAGCGGGGAGUUGCGUGCGAGGGUUACGAGGUUCGGCUGCGUUGGGGUAGUGGGAUUGCCUCGCGCGGGCAUCUUACUGGUGCUGAUAAGCCCGUUAAGGGUUCUGCACCGAGCAGGCCGAGGGGUCGGCAGAGGGACUUGAGGAAGCGAGAUUUAGAGGGGCUGGUCACUCCUUCUGGAUCUGAUGGAAGCCAUGAUUUGGAGCACAGUCCAGCAAAUGGAGAGCAGGUCGUUGAAGAUGAGGUUCUGUUCAACAAAUUCAUGAACGAUGGCAUCAAUGCCCUCCAUUCGACAACAGCAAGUGAUAGUAUGCUGCAUGAUCGUCUUCCGCAACUCUGUCAACAAUCCAGCGCAUUGUAUUCGAUCUGCAUUGCUUUCCAACUUGCAUUAACAAGCUCUGUUACGCCGCAAUUCUGCGAGUACUUCGAUAAAUCGCUGGGGAUAUUUCGGUCAGAGCUGGCGUGUAGUACAGUUCUUUCGGAUGGCACGCUGACCUCGGGGCUACUGCUGUGUAGCAUCGGCUUGAUGCAUGGCUUACCUUGGACUAUGCAUCUCGAAGGAAUGCAUAAUAUUCUGCAAAGUCAUGGCUUAAACGAUAUGAAUCGGCCGUCUACUCCUACACAUUUCCGGAUUCAUCUGCUAGAGGUUAUGGGCGUCAUGGAUCUGGCAUGCUUUUCUGUGGGCCGUCAAUGUCCACGUAUAGGCAUCUGGCGUCGCUAUUGUCAACCAGCUGCUCCUAGGUAUGGUAUUGAGCCCGUUAGUGGUAUUCCACGGACUUUGCUUGACAUAUUUGCUGGGAUUGGAGCAGAGACAACCGAACAGACAUUCUGGGACUGGCCCGGUGAACCGGGUAGCUUCCUACAAUGUUAUCUUUGGGAGGCACAUCAACUAGCAGGUAUAUUGGCUUUCCGUAGAGGAGUAAAGGCUGCGCUUCCCAGGGCAGGCGAGAUCAGCAUCUCCACGUGGCGACAGCCAGCACGGUGCCCGGCAGAUACAACGGUGCUCGUCACGCGAAUUAUGGCUUGUCUGGAUGCAAUGCGUCUUGCAUUUAUUGAACGUCCAAAAGAAGAUGCGUUCAUUAAGAACGCGACUAUUUUCCCUAUGUUUAUGGCCGGGUCUGAAGCUAGUGUGCUGUGUCGCAGGCCAGAAUGGCAGCAGAUUAUCCGUGCAGCAUUUGCAGAAUCUCAUCAAUGCCAAAUUUUAUUGGGUCUGUUGGAAGAUUUAUGGCAAAAUGGGGAUUCAGAUAUUGAUAUAGAUGAACUGGCUCGGUCGAAGGAACUCGAGAUGGGUUUGUUGUGA